AUGGCUUCCGAGCACGGUCCUACCGCCUUCGAAAGGAUUGUCUAUUACAACGGCAUCACUGGGAAUGACGAACACCCUAUUCUUGUGUACCGCACCGAUGCUCUCACUAGGCCAUUCUCCAAGCCCGUCGGCCGAUUUCCAUAUCUCCCCAUAAAAUCGGUUCGCGGAGUUUUUGAUACACCGCUGAACAAGGUCUGGGACGUUGUUGGGCCCCAGAUUUGUGACAUCAUCAAGGCGCAGGAUAUCUUGUGGUCCUCCAUUGACACGGCCCGCUUUUUCACUCACGGUCCGCCGGGAGAGGAGGAAAAAGGUACUCUCGGACCGGUCGUAAUUUGGAUUGGCGUCAAGCCUGGUCUGACCCCAGCCGACACUGCCCACAACACCUCUCAGGAGAUCCUUGCUCUUCUGCGAAAGAAUGGUGUUGAGGACGUUGAGGUGGAGUGGAGAGAGGCUGUCUUGCAGAAGCUUGCAGGUCCCCCGCUCAUGCGUCAUGCCGAGAGCAGGGAUCCCACCCACUAUGCUCGGCGAUUCCUCACUGCUCUUCACGCUGUUCCACUUACCGCUGAGGGUAUGGAAACGGACGACUCUCAGGGCACUCUGACCUUGUGGAUGCACGAGAACAAGGACGAAAAGGGUAAUCCCAGCGACAAGGUGUACGGGAUCAGCAACUGUCAUGUUCUUCGGAAGAACACCACCGUCGACUACGUGUUCAAGGGCGGAGAAUCCAAGGACCACGUUGGCGUCUGCGGGAUGCGUCGCUUCCAACGUGGACUCGAUGAGAUCGCAGAUGCCAUUGAGGCUCACGAAACUGACGCUGACAUUUUUGCUAGCGAAGUCGUCAGACUUCAGACGAAUGGAGAUCAGAGCCCGGCGAAUGCGGAAAAAGUAGUGUAUAACCAAGACCUGGUGGACAAGAAGAAUGAAUCCAUCGCCGAACUCAAGAAGCUUCAGGUCGAGGUUACGAAGUACUGGUCGAACAUGCGGCUAGACCGUAAUAUCGGAUACGUCGAAUACGCCCCCUCUAUAAAGGUCGACCAAGAAAAUACGAAGUACACCUCCGACUGGGGAGCAUUCUUGGCUGCAAAGGCCAAGGUCGCGGAUGGCUUUGUCGGGAAUGUCGUUGAUCUGGGAGCGAAGUUCACUCCUUCACAGCUAAAGCGUAUGUUCUAUCCUCAGAGUCCGACCACGUUCAAGUAUCCCGACGCUAGGAUGCUUCGGAUCUUUGGUUGUGCUACGAGGGAGGAGCUCUCCGUCCCUGCGGAGUUCGACAAUGAAGGAGAGCGCUGCCUCAUGGUCGGUAAAGACGGAAACGCCACCGACCUCACUGUCGGGCGCUGCUCCGGCCUCGAAUCCUUCACUCUUAACGAAGUCGGCGUUGAAUCCAGGGAGCUCGCCAUCUACAAUGCCGGCAACGAGCGCAGUGUCGAAGCCUUCGCUGCCAAGGGAGACUCUGGUUCUCUUGUUUGGCACAUGAAGGAAGGGAAAGCUUAUAUCGUCGGUCAGCUCCACUCAGGCGACAACAGAGGCGGUUCGACCAGAAACCACGUUACUUAUUGCACCCCUGGCUGGUACCUCCUCGCCGAAAUUAAGAAGAAAUACAAGUAUGCUGACUUCUAUCGCGCGACUUGGGGCGCUUGA